AUGAGUACGGAGCAGACAUCAGCGUUCCGAUCUCCUGUUAUCACCUCGUCCACGUCUGCCAGAGUAACUCAUCCUAUUAUUGUACAUCCUCAACCUAUCAAACCUUACUCACAUGCAGCAGCUACCGAUCCGUUUACCCUGUAUAGCUAUUACUUAACACACAUGGGUCAUGGCUUUGACCUACACCAGUUAGCACAGAUCACCCAGCCAUCCUUUCUUCCCAGUUCAAAUUCGCUGUCUCCGAGUACAGCUUUAAUCAGUAACUCGGUUCCUCCUACUGCUGUAAGAAAUAGAAUCGGUUGGAAUCGAGAGACGAGUAAAACGAAUCGGAAAGAGCAAUGCAGCCCUGAUUCACCUCAAAGUGUGGAGACAUCAUGCUCAAGAACGUCGCAAUCUAGUACGUCACAGAAGGACCGUAUAACAACGACAACAACUGGAUCUGAUCGUGGCUCUGAUAAAUUCUCCUGGUUGAGCCAUUACAGCGUUGAACCAAAUACGGCCAUCAUGAGCUCCAGUAUGAGCAGUCCAUCGUUGACAUCAGCUCAGUCAAAUGGAUCCGAAACAACGUACACGUGGAAUGGACGAACAGACGGGCGUCGUUCAGGCGAAUUUACCGCAGCGCUUAUGACUGAAUAUUUAGACGACGAUCCAUUAUUGUGUGCUAUCUGUUCCGACAAAUCAUCAGGAUUGCAUUACGGCAUUUAUACAUGUGAAGGGUGCAAAGGCUUCUUUAAGAGAACGGUGCAGAACAAACGUGUAUAUACAUGCGUUAGUGGUACUGGAAACUGCCCGAUGACAAAGGAACAAAGAAAUAGAUGUCAAUUUUGUCGAUUUCAAAAAUGUUUACAGCAGGGUAUGGUCCUUGAAGCGGUACGGGAAGAUCGAAUGCCAGGUGGUCGGAACGGAAGCGCUAUUUACAAUCUUUACAAAUUGAAAUAUAAGAAGACAAGACGUUUACAAGCGCUUUGUGAAAGUAUCUUACGAGAAACUGCCCCACGUUGUGGUACCCCACUAGGUGCUUCCGACAACACUUCAAGAGGUACACCUCCAGAACAACGAACAAUGGAACGUACACCACUGCAAAGUUCACUCCUGGGUACAUCAAUAAUGCCUGAUGUACAUCCCAACACCGAACCUCUUAAUUUGUCAGCUAAAGAAAGUGUUACAAGAAGUGAAGAAAUACCACCAACAAGUGGCUCUAGUAGUAGGGUAGCUGUUCAGUUUGCCUGCAGCAGAUCUCCUCUUCCUACUCAUAAUAAGAAUCUCAUACAAGAACUAAUUGAAAUAGAUCAUAUCGAGAAGCUAAUCAAUCUAAAAGGUUUACGAAUAGCGCAGCAAUUGGGAUCAUGCAGUGACGACCCGACGAUCCCCGCAUGUCAGAGGUUGUCUAGAAUCGGUGAUGAAAUUGUUGAACAACUGGUUGAAUGGACCAAGAUGCUACCAUUUUAUCACGAUUUACCUGUAGAAGUGCACACUCACUUGCUAACUCAACGAUGGGCUGAACUGGUAUUGUUGUCAGCCUGCUUUUAUGCUGCUUCAACAAGAGUUUCCAAUCAAGACAGUUUGCCGGUCAGUUCGACAACUACUGAUGAUAGCGAAGAAGUAUCGUUCGUUGAUUCGUCCGUCAAUCUCCAACUGCUACAGAAGCGAUUAUGUGCUGUCAUGGGGAAACAUAUACCAUUAGAACAUGUCAACAAAGAGGCCUCACCCUUAGUUGAAAAAUUUACGGCAUUACUACAUUCAUUCAGUCGUUUGAAAAUUACUUUGGAAGCGUAUGUUUGCCUGAAAGCUAUCACUCUACUACACUAUACACCUCACAGUUGUGAUGAAACAGCUAUUGAUGUGAAGGAAUCAAUGGUGCGCAGUGUUUAUGUCCGGAGAGUAUCUUUAAUACAGGAUCAGUUCGUGAAGGCAUUGCAGAUACAUCUUAGCCAGCAUGAAAAUGGCGCACGACUAACUGAUAUUUUAACAUGGUUACCAAUGUUACAUUCUGCGUCAUCGGUACUGUUACAUAGCAAAAUGUUUUAUGUUCCUUUCUUGAUCUGCAAAAAUCCAAAACAAAUCAACAGUGACAAUCGUAGUGCAGAAGUCCGAACAAUACUGUCACCAUUUUCAUGCCAUCCUUCCGACACUAUUACUGAUGAUGAGGAAGAAUUGAAUGCAACAAGCAGCUGUUAG